AUGCCUAAUAUCCAGAGCCCGUCCGGCGUCGGAGGAGGGAGCAUGAAUGAACGCUGUGGAUGCAAUUUGGAUGCUCGGGGCUGCGCACAAAAAGUGAACGGAAGUUUUUGCUGCGCCUUGUCUGUCUGUGUACAAUACGGGGCACGGUGCCGGCUCGUCUGGACUUGGGAAGCCCCGCGGGCGAAGGGGAACGGAAAGGCCGGCCUCCAAAGGCUCGGAAGGAGCCGGGGAGAUUUUGCAAAGGCGCCCGGGAAGAUUGCAGCGCUGUGUGAGCAAGCUUACUUCGCUACUACAGGGACGCAGCUCCUGGUCACAGAUCCAAAGUGUAAUGAUCAGCCACAACCAAGCGUCGUUCUCCUGAGCCCUUUGUGCCACAAAAAGCGUAUCACCCUUGUGUGCCUGGCCCAGGGCUUCCACUACGAGUGGCCACUGGAUGUGAUCUGGGAGCGCGAUGGCCAAAACAUUAGCCGACUCUCCUCUGCUACUGAGCCAAUCAAGAAAGAAGGGGAAUGCAACUUCGCUACUGCCAGCCGCAUGAGUGUGUUGGCAGAGGAGUGGCAGAAAGGCCACAGCUAUUCCUGCCAUGUCAACCAAACAGGACAGGUGGUGAGUGACUCGGUGAAGGGCAGUCCAGACCACAAGACAGAAUCAACUUCAGGUAUCUCUGAGGUUCAACUCAGCCUUUAUGCUGGGCAGUUUAUAUUCCUCCUACUAGGUGCUAAAAGCUUGGCCUACAGUGUUAUUCUGGGCAUCUACAAGUUCUAUAAAAAAAAAGGUCUUUAAUUUCGUUACCUGCUACAGCAGUAUUCACUCCCUUACCAGCCAAGGCACAGAUUUACGUAUAGCUGCAGGCCUUUCCCAGUGAAGAUCCAUUCCAUUCUGAAGUUUCCACAUCCUUCAUCUCAGCUUCUUCCUUCCAGAGGGACUCAUUGGUCACUUUAUAUUAAAUUGUACUAUGCCUUGAGAAAAUUUCAAUACAUAUUUUCUGCCUCAUAAUAAAAAUGUU